UUAUUAAAACCUUCCGAAAUGACUUUCUUUAACCCGUAUAAAAAUUCGUAUCUCCAAUUAAAUAGUCAAUGUCAUGGAGUUAAUCCACGAUUGAUUAACAGGGCUGUCAAUGCAGCAAUGGGCUGGGAGACUGACAGCCAUGAUAAAGAACCACCUCUGAAUCGUUUAAUAUCGAAUCAAGCAACAUUACCGACCACGUUCAAUGAUGCGAUAUGUCGACCUCAGGCGUUUGGAAAAUGGGCUUUGCCAAAAUUGAUUCGUGAACUACAUUCAGAAUGUCCGCAAACUGUUUCAAAUGCAAUUGAUACCAUUAUGGACAUGGUACAUUACCCAGAAAAAGCUAUUGAAGCAAUUGAAUUGAGAAUUGUACAAAGAGUUAUGGAUUUAAUGCAAAAUCCAGAUGCAUCGAUCCGAGAACGGAUUUGUAUUAUUUUAAAUACACUUGGCCAUCAGCAAAUUGGAAGAGAGGCAAUUUGUACAUCUAAAUUAGUAUUAAAAAGCAUAUUGGAUUUAUUAAAAGAUGAAGUUCAAGUUGUACGAUUUAGAGCAGCUGUGUUAGCUCAAUCACUUUCAGACAAUUUUAUAUCGGUCUUUGCUUUAAUCGAUUUCGAUUAUAUUACUGUUAUCCAUCAACGAAUAUUAGUCGAAAAUGAUGUAGUACUUGUGCGAUUAUUAAAAACAAUGAAAAAUUUAAUACAAGCCGAAGGGAAAAAUAUUGCUUAUUCAAUUGGUGUAUUCCAUACAAUGGUACUUUUAUUAAAACGAACACAAGUCGAAAUCUUGGAAGAAACAUUAUUAUGUUUAAUGAUUUUAUUAACAUUGAAAAUUGCAAAGAAAGAAGCUGUGAAAAUUUUCUUACUGGAUACAUUAUACAAAUUGUUAUGCGAUACUAGGACUGAAGUUUAUACAGCUGCUUGUGGGGCUGUUAUGAAUGCUUCACAUCGUACAAAAGCCAAAAAACAAUCAGUUGAAAUUGUAAAUAUGGGCUUAUUAGAUCGAUUAGUUGUUUUAAUGCAUGAUCAAUUUAAUCCAAGGGCACAAAUGUGGUCUAUUCGUGCGUUAACAAAUUUAACAGAAUAUCCGCCAAAUCGAGAAUAUUUACAAGCAAAUCAUAUGAAAUCAAUCGAACGAUUGAAUAUUGGAUGCAAAGAUAAAACAUCCUAUGACAAUAUAGCUGAAUAUUAUAGAAAAUUAUUGAAUGUUAUUAAUUGGAAGCCAUAA